AUGGGUCCUAGUCCUGCUACAAUACCGCGUUUCCUGCUACCGCAGCUUUCGUGGAAGGCUUCGAGCCCCUCACCUUUGGCUGUUGCGUCUCGAAUACAUCCUCCUACUAAGGGUUCCGCGCCUCGGAACAAGCCCACCCGCUUUGUCUCAUCAAUAGCACGGAGAUAUAAACACAACAAAUACACCUUUUCGCCUUUGGUUUCUAAUCGCCAAGGUCCACCACUCGCAAGAUACUCCUACGUUCCACAUAAUCACCCGCAAUGCUUCUCAACAACCCCAACCCGCUUUCGCGACCAUCACUUCGACACUUUGAAAUUUGUGCAACGUCUUAAGGAUGAAGGUUUCUCGGAGGAGCAGUCAAAAGCCAUGAUGCUCGUGCUUUCAGAUGUCAUUGAAGAAUCCAUCCAAAACCUAACGCGCACCAUGGUCCUACGAGAAGAUGCCGAUCGAAGUACCUACACACAAAAGGUCGACUUCACGAAACUUCGCUCCGAGCUCCUGGCCCUCGAUUCUAGCGACACAUCCAUGACUCUGGCCUCGCAUGAACGACUGUCUAAUGAUCUGGCGAAGCUCAGUUCCAGACUUCGUGACGAAGUGAACCGUGCUCAGGCAAGUGUAAGACUAGAUUUGAAUCUUGAGAAGGGUCGAAUCAGGGAGGAAGCCAAGGGACAGGAAUUAAAGAUCAAGGAGACAGAGACAAGGAUAGAGCAAGAGGUUGCAGGCCUCAGGGAGAGGGUGGAAGGGGUCAAAUUCAGUACUUUGCAGUGGCUAAUGGGUGUAUGUACAGGAACAGCUGCACUGAUCCUGGGUGCCUGGCGUUUGCUCAUGUGA